GGUGGGCGCGGGGGCCGCGCAGGCCUGGCAUUAAUGUGUGUCCCUUUGUGUCUCCCCCACUUCAUCUCCUCCCCCGGCGCGCUGGGCCCCGCCAACCCCGCAGGAAGGCCUGGAUGACGGCCCCGACUUCCUCUCGGAAGAGGACCGCGGAAGGCCCUCACCCUACUCUGUCUAAGCCCAUGGUGUCCCUGUCUCAGUUGGGUCUGAAUAUGGUCUGGGCAGAAGAGAAGGAGCAAAUGAGAAAUACAGGAGAGAAGAGUGGAGUUAGAAGCUUAAAGCAAUAAAUGUAGAUCUUCAAAGUGAUGCUGCUCUGCAGGUAGACAUUUCUGAUGCUCUUAGUGAGAGAGAUAAAGUAAAAUUCACUGUUCACACAAAGAGUUCAUUGCCAAAUUUUAAACAAAACGAGUUUUCUGUUGUUCGACAACAUGAGGAAUUUAUCUGGCUUCAUGAUUCCUUUGUUGAAAAUGAAGACUACGCAGGUUACAUUAUUCCACCAGCACCCCCAAGACCUGAUUUUGAUGCUUCAAGGGAAAAACUUCAGAAGCUUGGAGAAGGAGAAGGGUCAAUGACAAAGGAAGAAUUCACAAAGAUGAAACAGGAACUAGAAGCAGAAUAUUUGGCAAUAUUCAAGAAGACUGUUGCAAUGCAUGAAGUGUUCCUAUGUCGUGUGGCAGCCCAUCCUAUUCUGAGAAAAGAUUUAAAUUUCCAUGUCUUCUUGGAAUAUAAUCAAGAUUUGAGUGUGCGAGGAAAAAAUAAAAAAGAAAAACUUGAAGAUUUCUUUAAAAACAUGGUUAAAUCAGCAGAUGGAGUAAUUGUUUCAGGAGUAAAGGAUGUAGAUGAUUUCUUUGAGCAUGAACGAACAUUCCUUUUAGAAUAUCAUAACCGAGUUAAGGAUGCAUCUGCUAAAUCUGAUAGGAUGACAAGAUCCCACAAAAGUGCUGCGGAUGAUUACAAUAGAAUUGGUUCUUCAUUAUAUGCUUUAGGAACUCAAGAUUCUACAGAUAUAUGCAAGUUUUUUCUCAAAGUUUCAGAACUGUUUGAUAAAACAAGAAAAAUAGAAGCACGAGUGUCUGCUGAUGAGGACCUCAAACUUUCUGACCUUUUAAAAUAUUACUUAAGAGAAUCUCAAGCUGCUAAGGAUCUCCUCUAUCGAAGAUCUAGGUCACUAGUGGAUUAUGAAAAUGCUAAUAAAGCACUGGAUAAAGCAAGGGCAAAAAAUAAAGAUGUUCUGCAGGCUGAAACAUCCCAACAAUUAUGUUGUCAGAAAUUUGAAAAAAUAUCUGAAUCUGCAAAACAAGAACUUAUAGAUUUUAAGACAAGAAGAGUUGCUGCAUUCAGAAAAAAUUUAGUGGAACUGGCAGAGUUAGAACUGAAGCAUGCAAAGGUAGUAGUACAUUAAAGAUUUAAUCAUUUCAGUGAUUUGUAAUUUAGGAGUGAGUGAGUCAGUUAUAAAAUUGGUAACAAUUCUUUAAUGGCAGUUUCCUUCCACAGGGAUAUUAUAAGAACUACUCCGAAAUUGGAAUUAUGUUUUCCAAGAUUGUUUCACUGCUUCAAAGUACUUGUUUUUAGCAAAAUCAUAGACUUCUUACCAAAGUUUUUUUUAAAGUAUUUGUUUACUUGGAGAUAAGCCCUUAUAGUUAAUAGAAAGCUUAGCCCUAACCUUACAGUAAUUUUAAAAAUGGAGAAUCUUGCAAUUGAUAGAUUUUAAAGCUUAUCUAAUUCAGACAAGAAUGGUAUCUGUAAUGUCUUUAAUGGUCAGCUCUGUAAGACUCUAGUAUCUAAUAGAUGGAGACCAGUACCAUUUUUUGAGUAGUUACUAAAACCUUCCUUAAUAUAAGAUACAACAUUUGCUAUUUUUAUUUAGAGGGUUGAAAAUUAUAAUUAAAAAUAAAAAUUCCCCAAACUAUAAAUAAGUAUUAAAUUUAAAUAAACAGUUUUUUUGAUACAUUUAUAGCAUUUAUACUUCUAAGGUUAUUAAAGCUUAAUUUAACAUUGCAGUAAGUUUUGGGACACCCUGUAAUGAACACAGAUCUCAUUCUGUGUAACAUUGAUAUAUUGGUCAAACUUUUUUCACCUAAAAUAAAAAAAGUUUAAUUCCUCUUUUAGAGUUCACCUUUCAGAUACUUGAAUAUAUUCUCUGUAUAUCUUCUUUCUUUCAGAUUAGACAUCCGUGGGCUAGGUAGUUUUCAUCCUGUACACCUCAACAAGCUUUUUAUUAUUACCUUCCUGUUGUUGCUUUUUUUUAAAUACUGUAUCUGGAAAUGGAAACACUUUUCUGUACAUAGAAUGAUUGUUUUACAUAUUUCUUCUUACAGAAUGACUUUUUGGUUUUUUUUUACUAAGGUAUCAUUAAUUACAGUCUU